CCCAUCUUCCCCUGUGACUUGCACCAGGCUGACUGUAUGAACAACACCGCCCGCCUUCCGCAUCCUGUGACUCGGUCAGCUUUGCUCAGUCCUGCCUCCUGCCUCACAGAAGCAGAGCCAUGUGGCCCUCACUCCUCAGCCUCCUGAGUCUCGGAUUCUGUGUGAGUCUGAGGAUCUGGGCAGCUGUGGGUGAAUAUGACAAGCCAUCUUUGUCAGCCUGGCCAAGCCCCGUGGUUCCCUUAGGACAGAAUGUGACUCUUUGGUGUCACUCCCGUUCUCCAUUUGCAAUAGUCAGACUGUUCAAAAGAGAUGGGACCAGUUUGCCGGAGCUCCAGGGACAUCAUGUCAACACCUUCACCCUUGGCCCGGUGACCAGAGAACAUGCCGGGUCCUACACGUGUUCUGGAGCCUACACAUCUCUCUCUGUGUGGUCCACACACAGUGACCCCCUGCAGAUAGUGGUCACAGGUGUGUUCCCAAAACCCGUCAUCUCAGUCCACCCAGGCCCCAUAGUGCGGGCGGGAGAGAAUGUGACCCUCCACUGUCACUCAUCGCUGCUGCUGGACAAAUUUAUGCUACACAAAAAAGGCAGCAACGGGCAUUUCCAGAGAUGUGGAGAGACGCUCCCGAGUGUGCAUGCCCCAGCUGACUUCUCCAUUGGCCCCAUGACCUCGGGGAGUGAGGGCACCUACCGAUGCUAUGGCUCUCUAAGCCACUCCCCCUAUGAGUGGUCAGCCCCCACUGACCCCGUGGACAUCGUCAUCACAGGUUUGUCCAAGAAACCCUCUCUCUCAGCCCAGGGGGGGCCCGUGGUGAGGUCAGGAGAGAACGUGACCUUGCUCUGCAGCUCCAAGAGCGCCUUUGACCAGUUCCAUCUGCUCAGGGAGGGGGAGAACCUUGGGCGCCUGCUCGCUGGAGGGCAGGGCCCCCGUGGAGCACUCCAGGCAGCAUUCCCUCUGGGUCCUGGGACCCCAGCCCACAGCGGGGCCUACAGGUGCUACGGCUCCUUCACUCGCUCUCCCUACGUGUGGUCAGACCCCAGCGACCCCCUGCUCCUGUCUGUCACAGGAUCCACUAAAUGUACUUGCCCAUCAACCAUGGAUCCACACACCACAGAAGAAGCACGGCUUCCUCGAGGCCACUCCAGCCAGCUGCACCUUCUCCUUAGGCUAUCCGUAGCCUUCAUCUAUACCAGCAUCUUCCUUACUGUUCUUGUCUGUCACUGGUUUCCCAAAAAAUGUUGCCAUCAUGGAAGGAGAGCCCAAGGAAGAUCAAACAGUGAGCGGACCUUGUAGCAGAAGAUGUGAUAUUCAC